AUGAAUGUACUUUCUGACAUUGCUCACUCGGAUAGUAGUUUUGGUUCACCCACUGAGAGGGGUGAAAUCGCGCAAAGGAAACCAGCGGAUGGUAAGCGGGGAAAUGAUCGGCUGACUAUAAUGAAAGAUUCGAUACGUGCGCGAUCGCGUUUUCAUGCGGCAGGUAACUUACGUGCAGCGAAGUUGGCGGAUGAUGACAGUUCAUAUGGGACAAAAUGCAAAGGAACUCAAGCCGAUGGGAACAGAUCAGGAAGAGGUACCCCUCUUUUGAAUAAUGCUUUCUUUAAUUUGUGUCCCUUUUAUGAGAAGGAGGCAUCUGACGGAGCUGAGCUGCAGGAACAAUCAAAGCAUGAAGCCGCCAUUGCGAGAAAUGAUUUGGCAGAGGGGGAUGCGGCAUUUGAUGUACAGUCACUCAAUAGCCUCUCCGAUAUGCUAAAUAAUGAUGCAAAGGAGGAUUACAAUCGAGUUUGUACGGUACGACGUCAUCACCACGUGGAGCCGCACUUCGGUCUUCUCCCACAACGUUCGCACCGACUUUCUACGGUUUCCACUGGGAAAAUUAGUAGGGACGAGAAACUUCAGGCUCACCCUGAGCGUGUUGUGGACUGUCGUUUUCUCCCAAUGGAGGAAAAAUCUAGGAAUUGGUUGCAGAGUUGUUCCGCAAAGGAAGCCUGCAAUAGCGUGACGUUGUUGGUGAAUCGUGCUGUCGACAACUUUGUUUUAAAGGAGGCGUCCAUCUCCUUUGCGGAAACCGCGUCGAGUCACUCCAUUCUCUCACUCGAUGACGAGUUAGUUUUUCAUAACCCUCUCACUUUCCCCGUGUUUAGUGAGCCUGGCGAAUCCGAUGAUCAAAGUGAAGCACUGAUGAGGUCUAACUUUGUGGCGCUGCUGCCAACAUUUGAAUCACAGAAGGCCUCGAGUUGUAUGAGUGGAAGUGCGUUCCUACAAAUAAAUGGGGAACUUUUAACACCAGACGCGAGCAAUGCGGUUGAGCUGGCGCCGGAGACCUCACCUGCUAUACCAAAAAAGCAUCAGCGACCACCGUUGUCUGUUGAGGGAGAAGGAAUGGAAUUAUCUUUGCAAGUUGCGCCGAGUGCGUCACUUUACUCGAAUGGUGCUGACGAGUUGAAUGCCAAUAACAGUUGGAGCAGUUCAGCGAAUUGCACGAGUUCUCUUCUUGAUUCCUUAGCGGCACUCCCGUUGGAAUGGAGUUUAGCCGUAAUUCAACUUGUUUAUCGGGAGGAAUUGACGCGGAGCGCAUUGGUAUCAGCGGAGCGUGGCGCUCGAGCGUGCAUGAUAUCCCUCAAGUGA